AUGUACUCACUCACCUGCGCCGACGGCCUCUCUCUCGGCAGAGAUGUAUACGUCCUCGACAUUCAAAGAACCUCUGCAGGUCUUGCAACCAUCUCAUCAGACCAGUUCCUCUCUGUUCUCGACCCAGCCCGUCUCUCAGCUGGUCCUCAGCGCCGUCUUCCAACUCAGCACGGUAACCUGACGACGUUGCGUGUGUUUGACAGCAAUGCUGCGCUUGUCUGUACGGCUGGUGAGAAUGGGACUGUUGCAGUGUGGGAUUUGAGACAAGGUUCCAACGUUGUGCAAUUCCAAGCGAGUCAAGCACCCAUCUUUUCCAUGGCUUGUAGUCUAGAUACACAGACCAUCGCAGUAGGAACAGAACUCCAGAACCAUGCAGCAUCUAUUCAUCUCUGGGACGUCCGAUCUACCCCGACCUCCAAAGCACACUACCAAGAAGUCCACAGCGACGACGUAACAGACCUUUCCUUCAACCCCUCCAACCCAGCACUUCUCCUCUCCGGCUCAACUGACGGCCUGGUAAACGUCUACGACACCCGCAUCGCUGAUGAGGACGACCUUACUGUGCAGACCUGCAAUGUCGACUCUUCCAUCCACCGCGCCGCAUGGCUAUCAGCAACAGAAGUCGCAGCUCUCACACACGAUGAGCGCUGUGCUCUUUACGACGUGAGCGAGGAGCGUGCAAACGGAGAUGCCGUACAGGACUUUGGUGAUAUGAGGUCUGUCCUUGGAUGCCAGUACGUCGCCGACAUCACGCCCAAGAUGGACGGCAGCGGCGCUGUUCUCGGUGCGGGAGCUCAAGAUAAGCAAGCAUUUGAGCUCGUCUUCCUUGCCAAGAAUCCCAAUGGCGAGGGGUGGGCUCUGGAUCGGGAAAACAGUGUUGGUUUGCCUGGUGCUCAUGGUGAUGAGCUUGUGCGAUCGUUUUGUUUCUUUGAUGAAGAGCAUGUUGUGUACACAGCUGGUGAAGAUGGAAAUGUCAAGGCUUGGAGACCCAAUUGA